GGAGGGUCCGGGAAGAGACUUUGUCAGACCACAUCUUGGGUGGAGAUAGAGCCAGUCAGCAGUUAGCUAGAUUUUCUCCGCAUUACCCUUAAUUAUUUUCGUUCUGACUGUAGUUCUUAAACCGCUCUGAGCGGUGCCCGUUGUGCUCUAGCGAGUGGGAAGAGGGCCAGGGGAAGCAAAAGAAAGCAAGAAAGUAUGCGACCAUGAAGCGAAUGCUUAGUCUCCGAGAUCAGAGGCUCAAAGAGAAGGAUAGAUUGAAACCUAAAAAGAAAGAAAAGAAAGAUCCCAGUGCACUCAAGGAAAGAGAAGUCCCCCAACAUCCUUCCUGCUUAUUCUUCCAAUAUAACACACAGCUGGGCCCACCUUACCACAUCCUGGUUGAUACCAACUUUAUCAACUUUUCCAUUAAAGCCAAACUUGACUUAGUACAAUCGAUGAUGGACUGUCUGUAUGCCAAGUGUAUCCCUUGUAUAACUGACUGUGUAAUGGCUGAAAUUGAGAAGUUGGGGCAAAAGUAUCGAGUGGCUCUAAGGAUUGCCAAGGAUCCAAGAUUUGAACGAUUACCAUGCACACACAAAGGAACCUAUGCAGAUGACUGCUUAGUACAGAGAGUAACUCAGCACAAGUGUUACAUCGUGGCCACAGUUGACCGGGACCUUAAACGAAGGAUCCGGAAGAUCCCUGGAGUUCCCAUCAUGUACAUUUCUAACCAUAGGUACAACAUUGAGCGGAUGCCAGAUGAUUAUGGAGCCCCUCGGUUCUAAUUCUAACACUCCAAAGAUAAGAGUUCCUCUGCCUUCCUUUACCAACUUUUUCUGUUGCCAGUUCAUGUAGCAAUACGCUGUAACAUGAAUUAUUCUCCUUCUUACCCAUUUGCUCUGUUAUGAGCUGAGUAUGGCUGAAUACACUCACUUUUGAUGUUGUUUUGAAAUUGACAUUUUGUAUCAUUUUGAAUUUUGUUGCAUCUUUUUAUAAAUCAGAUGUUUGCACACAUAAUUUGAUGCUUGUUAUUUUAUGUUGAUCUACAUAACAAAUAUUUAUUAAGGUUA